AUGCGCGCGAACCAUGACGUCCUCUUCCUCGCCCGUGAGGUAUCCGAGCGCGAGACUGGCCUCGACGCAGGCGUCGUGGUCGCCAGCGGCGGCGCUCAGCAGGCGCAGUCAGUUAUCCAUGAAGCGCCCAGAGUAGGUACGCGUGGCGCCAAGAUCGACGAGCUCGACUUGGCGAGUGCGUUCGUUCCAGAGGAAGUUCGUCUAGUUCGGGUCGGUCUGCUUGGCGCGGAAGCGGAAGAGCUCGAGGAGGCAAAGCUCGAUGAUCCGGGAGGCGAUCUGUCGGCUGCUCGGGUUAGACUCGUGAGGAUGAUGGGAUGGAUACGAAGGUCCUACGUCAUCUUUGUCUUGCUGGGAUAG